AUGCCUCCUUCGUCGCUGGCAAACAUUGACACUCGCAGCCAGUCAUCGCUCAAAAGCACGUCGUUCUCUGUAUUGAACGACGGCAAGGACGCGGGUCAACCAGGCUCGUUCCUCGGAUCUCUAGCGGGAGGAGGUCCGCCUGGCAACCGAGCCAGCACGUCAUCACUCACGACCACCGCAGCAUCGUCGGGGUUCAGCUCGGGCACUGUGACUGGUCGCUUGAUUUCAGCGACCCAGAGCCCUUCAUUACCAUCCCUGGCAUCCUUGUCGAGCUCUUCGUCCACGCCAACGUCGCUUCGUGUCUCGCAACUCUCAAAUGCCGCGAUUUUCAAGCAGCGGUCGUACUCGUCGUUGCUCGUGGAUGACGAUCUGAACUUUGAGCCCAUCGACGAAGCAGAGCUGACGGCGCUCCUUCGACAAGUCGGUCGACGUCCUAGCGUUCCCAAUUUGGUGUGGCAAGCAGCCAUGGCGAAUGCAUCCAAGCAGCACUUGGGCUCCUCCGUUGCUGUGACUGCCGCUGGCUCUGAAGCAUCGCCGCUGUCUCCAUCCGCCUUUGCCUCGUGGCCCGCCACUUCCGAGAUGUUCUCCAAACCACGCAGCAUCAAUUCACGGUCGCGGUCGUUUGGCACCCAAAGUGUUCUCUCCCCGCUCGGCACGGCUCUGGCCACUGGACCUGCUUCUGGCCAUCCUUUGGCGAGCGCGCGAAUGCUCGAGCGUCGACCUUCGCUCCCGUUUCUCUCUCCGGCUGCCCAACCAUUCCUUCCUCCUUCCAACUUGUCAUCAGCGUCCUCCUCAAGCUCGAUUCCCGUUUCGUCUGAGUCCGCUGUGCAGCAAUCACCGCCUCUAUUGACGACCAAUUCGCCACCUGCCGCUCCAACGGUGGUGCCCUCGAUUGCAGUGGCCCAGGCCUCGCAGCAGUCCCUUCCAGCACAGUCCUCGCAGUCCUUACCAGCACAACCGUCGCAGUCGCCUGUCCCUUCGGCUGCUGGAGGCCGUCCGGCAGUCACAGCAGGAGGCGUCGCACCGUCACUUGCUGUCGCUUCGCUCGUCAAACGCAACAAUGUGCGACAGAGGUCGCACAGUUCCGGAAGCUCCAUUCCGUACACGCCUUCUCCAUUGUCGUCCAGUGCCAUCACACCGACUGCCACUGCCACUGCCUCUUCGCCCGCGCCAAUCGCUGGCCCGACCUCGACCUCUUCUUCUCUUCCGACCGCUUCCAUUCCCUCGGAGGUGACGUCAAGUGCAAGCAAGUCAGCAUCUGUGAACGCGGUCGAUGUUGCCCUUGACGCCCCAGCCUUUGCGGCAGUUCGUCAAGCUGCUGCCGUGCCACCCACACGUACUCUGAGUGCUCCGACAAUGACGGCGCUUCUCCCUCCAGUUUCCAACAACGCUGCUGUUGCCAUGGCCGUCGCUGCUUCCAUCGCGCUAGACAGGGAGGCAGCAGAAGCGGCAGAAGAAGAGAAUGAUGACUUUGGCGACACGCUGACGCCUUCUGCACCGAUGCACCGCACCCACGUCCGCACGUCAUCGCUUGCUGAGCAAUCGGGCGAAGAUGACGACGAAGAGCUCGAGGAGGUACUGACUCCACUCGUCUCUGCGAAAUCGAUGCGAUCCCAGUCCAUGUCCAUCGUCCCAACGCCUCGCGAGACCCUCCAAGCUCUCCAGAUGCACCAAAGCUUUGACUCGCUCGUCAUCUCGCCCAGUCCCUCGUUCCCAAGCUUUCUCGGUUCGUCUUCGCGAUCGUCCAGCUCCGACAGCCUGAUGAUGCGCUCGUUGAACAAUCUGAACAGCUCUGCGAACGAUCUGACCACGGUGCAAGCAACCUCGCCGCUUGUCGGUGCAACCUCGCUGCUGGGAGGCUCAUCCACACCAGUCUACCCAGCUCCAUCGUCGCCUUACGUUGCGCGGCGCACCAUCCGAGAAGGCUGGCCCGUGCCGACCAGCUCGCUCCGCCGUGACAGUCACAGCUUUGACUCGCUGUCGUCGCACCUCUCGCCAAACUCGUCCUGCUCCCAGUUGCCACUUGCCUCGAGCAGCAGCUCAUCGUUCAGCGCAUACUCCUCCGGUGCCAGUGCCUCGCAGUACAACAGCGACCGCUACUCGUCGACCGGCUCGGAUCUCGAGCGCUUUGAAGCUGUUCCGCUCCGGUUUAUCUUUGAUCGCGUCUUCCCUGCUUGGGUGACUGAGGCGCCGCUCGGGCUGGAUUCCAGUGAUUCUACAGCGGGUGCGUCAGCGAGCAACGCGGGGGGUCUUGGAGGGGCGAUCGCGUUUCCUCCAGGCUCGUAUUCUGCUCCGUUCGUUCCGGCAGAUGGCGGCGCCGGCGAAAUGGAAAUCAGGCCACAAGACGUGCUGGCUGGUCGCUACCAAGUGGUCGAGCUUCUUGACUCGGCCGUCUUCUCGCGCGCGUAUCAUUGCGUCGAUUUGACCAGCGGCACACCAGUGUGCGUCAAGGUGUUGAAAAAGUCCAGCGACGCCUUCAGCCAAGGCGUCGAGGAGGUCCGCUUGCUCAAGUACCUGAAUGCCGGGGUCGAUGUCGACGCGGUGCAUAUUGUCAAGCUGUCAGACUACUUUGUGUACCGAGGGCAUCUGCUGGUCGUUUGCGAGCUCCUGCGACACAAUCUCUACCAACAGAUGAAACUCACGCGGAACGCAGCCGAUCCGUACUUUACGCUGGCCCGUCUCAAGCAAAUCGCCAAACAAAUGCUCACGGCUCUCGCCUUUGCGCAUGCCCGCGGGGUUAUUCAUGCGGAUCUCAAGCCGGAGAAUAUCUUGCUUCGUAGCCGCUCCCAAGCACAAGUCAAACUGAUUGACUUUGGCAGCAGCCUGUUCUCCCCGUAUGCGAGCGCAAGUGACGACCCCAACAAGCCAAGCGGUUCGGCCAACCUCUUCCCGGGCGUCACGGACGUCAACUUGAACAAGCAGCACUACAUUCAGUCGCGUCCGUACCGCGCUCCAGAAGUUAUUCUCGGUUUGCCGUUCGAUGGCCGCAUUGACGUCUGGUCGCUGGGAUGCGUGUUGGCCGAGCUCUUCAUGGGCCGGGUGCUCUUUCGCAGCGACUCUAUUGCCACGCUGCUGGCACGCAUAAUUGCCUGCCGCGGAAACAUCCCGUCGGACAUGCUGCAGUUUGGAAGCGCCGUAUCAUCCUACUUUGUGGUGCGCGACGGCGUUCCAUUCCUCUUUGAUCGCCGCCGCGAAAAACAAUCCGUCCCAGCGUCGCCUUCAAAGCUGCUGCAGGCGAGUUCCGCCGCCACCGCUACCGCGGUUGCAGCUGGCGGCUCGGGUGGUAUGACAACGACCACGGCCGCGGCAGCAGGCGGCGGAGGGCUCUUGUCGCCCUCCUCACCCCACUCCCCCACCGCUCCAGCCUACCUGGUGCGCGCCGUCAGCAGACGUCUUGGGGACAUUCUACAGGAAUCUGGUGUGCAUCCAAACGAUCAGGACGAUUUCUCGCUCUUUGUCGACUUUUUAUCCACCCUGCUGAUGAUUGAUCCUCGUCAACGGCCGACUGCCCGCGUCGCCAUGCGACACGCUUGGUUUGCAUAG